AUGCGUUGUAUUCCUAAAGAGUUCCAGCCCCUCAUUCCAGCGCGGAACUUUCCGUUCUGCGUCAUUCUCAAACCGCCCCACAUAUUCUGCAUCUACCAUGAACUACCAAUUCCACUCAUAAACGCCUUUUGCAGAAACAACUGCCCUGCUGCCAGCAGGUUCGCCGUAACCCUGGAGUACUAUCCUCGGUGCAAUAGCGACGACGAUGUUCCCAUUGACGAGUUCGAGAUUGCUGUGAAGAACAUCGGCAACGGCACGAGCAGGAAGGGAAGUAUCCAACGCCAUCCUUCCAGCGAGUCUGAAAUCUCGAGCCUUUGGGUUCACCGUGAGAAAUUGGUGGAGACGCUUGCAAAGUACGAUGGUUUUCGGGCGAGCCUCCUCACUCUUCUGGAGCAGCAUGGACUCCAUCAGAAUGCCGUGCGCGAUACCAUCACCACAUAUCCCAAUACUUUUAAUCUCAGUGAUGAGAUUGCGGAACUGAGGCCCAAAAUCACCAUUUGCGAUGCACAUAUUAGCCCUGACUUCUGCUAUGCCUGGGAAUCAUGUGAUGACCUCCACAUCUGCCCUCGCUACGUGAUGGGAGAUUGUAAAGACGACUCUUGCUCCCUGGGGCACUGUUGGACUACUGACCAUAACCGUAAGAUACUGCAGAGUUUCAACAUGGACAGACUGACUCCAAAAAUUCUUUGUACACUGAUUAGAGGUACAUUCAGCGAACGUAAACAUAUGAACUCACUUGAUGUGUGUCAGAGUUACAAUAAGGGCACAUGCAGACGCAGACAAUGUAGUUCCCUACACAUCUGCUUGAAUUUUGUAAUUCGGGGUGGUAUAUGUGGGCUGCAAUCUUGUCAACUAAACCACUAUACCACUGAACCUUCUGUAUGUAAGCUCCUCGAAAGCCAUGGACUCCCUUCUAACAGGUGCUCCAAAGACAUCAUAGCAAUGCUGCUUGCCCAAAACCAAUCCCUAUCUAGUCAGGCUUACACUCUGAGACGUGUUAAAAGCUCAUCCACUGCUUCCAGCAUAAGCACCCCAUCUCCCAACCUACAAAGAGGAACUUCGAGCACUGUGUGGUCACACUUCUACAAAGGAGAUGUCCCGGUGCCAGAAAUCUGCUACUCCUCUGUGGAAGGGAAGUGUCAGUCUGAAGCUCAAGGUUGCUCGAGGUUGCAUGCAAAGGAACACUUCCAUUGGCAGGUGAGCGAGAGCAGUGAACAGUGGUUUAACCUACAGAAUUCACAGGUAAUCAGUCUUGAAAGAGCAUAUUGUGAUCCAGCUCAGGAAAUUGUGACAAUUCCUCGUCUAGACACAGCCCUUGUAACACCAACAAACCCCUUACUCUCUCUCCUGGGGCGAGACUUAUGGAGCGCUGACCUGAUAAAUCAGAAUCUGAAGGACUCUUCGGGGGAAAAGAUUCUCAACCUAAGGAGACUCUGUACAGAAAAGACGGAAACGAAUGUUCCGGCAAGCACGUUUCUGUGGUAUUAUUUCUAUGACGGCAAUUGGGUGGAAUAUGGGCGUCUUAACCCAUCAGCUGAAGCCGAUCUCGUGUACGAUGUAAGCUCUGAAAGUAUUGAGGAAGCAUACAAUACACCUGACCGUCAGGAAAUGCCUCUCAAGGAAAAUAACAAAAUCGACUUCCAAGCUAUGGUCCACAUUAAUAGCUUGUCACACAAAUGGCCGAUACGCCGGCGACCUAAAAGCCAUCUGGAGGAGGUUAAGACAGGCACUGAGUCUAACCAGAUUAUGCCGUCCCACUGGGAGGUCAUGAACCCAGAGGAUCGUCUACGUAUUGUAGACCUUCCGCCCUGGUGCACAGAGUAUGAACAAGUAUUGGAACUCCUUCACACUUCGCUCCAGGAUGUAAAAAUCUUGAAGGUGGAGAGAGUUCAAAAUCCCUUCCUUUGGCGUGCUCUGCAAAAUAAGAUUGAAGAACUGUCUGUGUGGUACGGCGACAUUGAGAAGGUAGAUAUUCGCACGCUGUUCCAUGGUACAGAUGUUGAUGUCAUAAAACACAUUUGUACAGAAAACUUCGACUGGCGUCUUCAUGGCUCUCGUUUCGGUCAGAAGUACGGCCAUGGAGCUUACUUUGCGACCGAGGCGGCCAGAGCGCUCGAGUACUGUACGUACGAUCCCCUGAACCAGCGGUACCUUCUUGUGGCCCAAGCGGUGGUUGGGACCAUAGUACAGGGCGAUUGCACUAUGCAUUGCCCUCCCCAAAACCCUGCGACCGGCAUACCAUAUAAUUCCACUGUCGAUGACGAGUUUGAGCCAACAAUUAUUGUGAAAUAUGACAAACAGGAAUACUACCCACAGUAUAUAAUCACUCUUUCAUAG